AUGCUGAGCUCCGACCUCACAGCCAAGUACCCCUCGCUGAACAAGUUCGUCGAUGUAAACGAUGUCGAAUCCCAUGAUGGGCGAGAAGUCGCCCUUCUUAAAUACAUAUACAAUCAUCAUGCCUUGGAUGAGCUGCGUGGCUCACCUUCAGCAAUCCUUGGCGUGAUAGACGAGUUCGCCGCACAGGAGGAGUUUUUGAUCAACAUUGGCCCCGACAAAGCCGCAAAGGUUCGCGAGAUAAUCCAACAGGAGAAACCGACCGUUAUGGUUGAGCUGGGCGGAUAUGUCGGUUAUUCUGCGAUAUACUUUGGCGAAGCCAUGCGUCAAGCUCAGGAAAUACAAAAAGGCCUGAGACUCUGGAGUUUGGAAUUCGACCCGCUGGUCGCGUCAAUUGCCAUGAAUUUGAUUGAGUUGGCAGGUCUGAGUGACAUUGUCAAAGUGGUGGUAGGAUCUGCAUCGGAUUCGCUGAAAAGACUUGCGAAGAAGGAGUUAGUCGACAUUGACCUCCUUUUCCUGGAUCAUGUCGAAGAUCUCUAUGUGGCUGAUCUGAAGAUCUGCGAGGAACUGGGGCUCCUCAAGCCAGGGGCAUUGGUGGUUGCUGAUAACAUCCUUCGACCUGGAGCUCCGAAAUACCGUGAAUACGUUCGCCAUCAUGCGCAUAUGCAAAGUUGGGCUAUCAAGGGACUGAUAGUGCCAGGAGACUUUGAGGUAAGUCUAGCCCAUAUCCUUGAGUAUUCAAAUACUGAACAACAAAGGAUGAACUUGAAGUUAGUAGAGUCCAGUAGCUGUUAG